UAUUUUUUUGAUUGCUGGCAUUGCCAGUAAGUUGUUCCCACCGUCGUGAUUUACGUUAUCUAUGGUGACAAUAUCAAUUUAUUUAUUUUUUUGCCCCCGUGUCUACAAGUAUGAAGCUACUGUCGGAAAAUAAACGAAUACAAAUUUAUAUUUUCCUGAUUCCGGCUUUAUCUGUACGCACAAUACGAAUUACCGAAACUAUAUUAUAUCAAACUUCACCGAAUCCAGAACACCGAUCCCGAUGAAAUUUAUUGAUAUCGGUUUAUCUGUUUCAAUUAAAUAAUUUUGUGUUGAACUAUUGAAGACUGAAGUAAAAAAAUAAAAGCUAUAUUACAUAUCAGUCACCACUUUCCAGUCUAAUAAUAUAAAAUUUAAAUAAUAACUAGUCGUAUUGUUAUUUUUUCUAUUUCAUUAUUGCCCUGUCGUUAAUAAUUGAAUCAUGUCUCAGGAAACCGUUCAAAUCCUCAUCGACAUGGGUUUCCAGAAAGAAAAAGCCGAAAAGAGUGUUUUAAUGACAGGAAAUAAAGGUGUUGAACCUGCAAUGGAAUGGUUAUUGGCACACAAUGAUGAUGAAUUGGGACCAUCAACUUCUCAAGAAGGUUCUGCUCCAAACAUUAAGUCAGAAUCAAAUACCUCAUCUUCAACAGUAGCUAAAUCAUAUAAAUGCGAAGACUGUAACAAAUUAUUUACUGAUACUACUGCAUUAGAAUACCAUGCUAUGAAAUCAGGUCAUAGCAACUUUGCAGAAUCGACAGAAGAAAAGAAACCAUUAACUGAAGAAGAAAAAAAAGAACAAAUGAAAAAGUUGGAAGAACGUCUAAAGGAGAAGCGUAAGGAACGCGAGGCUAGAGAAAAAGAAGAAGAAUUAGAAAGGGAAAAAAUUCGAAUUCGCUCUGGCAAAGAGAUGGCUGCUGCUAAAAAAAAACUUGAAGAUGAAAACAUAAAAAAAAUUAUGGAUGAAAGAAAACGUGAAAAACAAGAAGAAAAAAUUGCUCGUGAUCGAGUAAAAGCUCAAAUAGAAGCAGACAAAUUAGCUAGAAAAAAAUUAUAUGGUCAAGUUUCAGCUGAAGAACAACCAAAACAAGUUUUACCAGUAGCUGUAAGUCCUCAAAAACAAACAAAAGAUUACACCGAAACAAAAUUACAGAUUCGUCUUACAAAUGGUCAAACAAUUGUCCAAACAUUCAAUGUUAAAGAAAUGAUGGCUGCUGUAAGAGUUUAUAUUGAACUAAAUCGUUCUGAUGGUGAUGCUCCUUUCUGUCUCAUGACUAGCUUUCCAAGAAAAGUAUUUACUAGUGAUGACUAUGAAAAACCACUUGAUGAAUUAGGUUUGGUACCAAGUGCUGUUUUAAUCUUAACCAAGCCACAACAAUAAAAUUAAUAAUUAUUAUUUUGUAAUAUCUAUCUUUUGAAAUUUUUAUGAUAAAUCAAUUUUUUUUUUGUAAACACAAAUGAAACUGGCUGGUUGAUUGUUUACUGUAAUGUACAAUAUGAAUUUAAGUGUAUUACCAUAAAGUUGAAUAAAGAUUUUCAUUUUUAAAUUA